AUGGGUCCGGAAUCUACAAAUGGUGGCAACGGUGGGACGUCGAAAGUAUUUUCGAAGAACUCGGAUAAAUAUCUGGUCAAGCUUGGAAAUCGUUGCUAUCGUCCCGGAGAAGAUGUCCUGGAUUAUACGGCAGAAGUGUACAGUCUGGUGAAGAAGGCGUACGAGGAGAUAGGCCUGGAGGCGAUGGCAGUAUCUCAUAUUCUGAGGGGGCUGCCUAAAGACGCAUAUAAGCGUCAUGUAAGGCUGUUAAAUCGUCCUCUGGCCGAGGUGGAGAAGGCUCUUUGCGAGGACACCGCGUUGAAAGAUUGUGCCCCGUUCUCUUCGUCGGCACAGGCUCAGCCUAACCCUCGUUGGCACCAUCAACAAAGAAGGGGAUUUCAAGCACCACGCUUUGGGCGAUCCGGCGGCUCUGCAGUGACCAAACCUCGUGAUGGUCCCGGUCUCGGUGAGAAGCACGCCACGGUGGCAACGUCAUGUAACCGGGGGUGCUACUUCCGGCUGCGUGGCGUCACGCGGGCAUUGAAUGACGCGCUGGGGCCUGAGAGCCAAUCCGCUCACGAAUUUUCCGUCUCCAUUGCAGCGCCGCGGAACGGACCAACGGGAGAACAGGAAGACCAGGACAAGGAUAUAUAA